CACACACUCACACAGAGAACAACCAGCCCAGAGCAAAUCUUCCAUCAUGAGGUUUGCUUUAUUCUUUAUGGUGGUGGCCCUGUUGGUCAUCGCCAGCCAGGCUGACCCAGGCAGGUCACGGGGCUCCCAUCGUCGUGGCGGAGGGAGGUCACGGAGUCGUGGUGGUGGCGGCGGCUACGGCAGUGUGGGAGGUGGUGGACGACGCGGGAAAUCAAGAGGAGGUAGUAGACGCGGAGGCUCCAAAGGUGGUGGAUACGGGGGCGGCGGGGGCGGCGGCAGAGGUGGUGGCAGCGGAGGAUACGGUAGCAGCGGUGGUGGCGGUGGCGGACACAAAGGAGGUGGUGGCGGCGGAGGAUAUGGUAGCAGCGGUGGUGGCGGUUUCGGACGCAAAGGAGGUGGUGGCGGCAGAGGCGGAGGUGGACAUGGCCGGGGCUCUUCAAAGGGUGGCGGAGGCGGUGGCGGAGGCUAUGGGAAGUAGUGUGAAGGAGGUUGAAAUACUGUGCAAAAGUUUACAAUUCCAGUAUUGUGUCUACUUAUAAAAUAACUUAUAAAUCAACUUUGUCUUAUAAAAACAAUCCAAUCCUGAUAGCUGAUACAUACUAACAGGACGAUAUACAAAAAACAAAUCACAAGUCACAUUAAUAUAAUUUUGUUGUACUGUACUCCUUCCUAUGCCAUUAAUACACACUGAUGCAUUAGUCACAACAGAUAAUAGAACACAACAGGUAAAACUGUACACGGAGAGGUUGUUAUCAUAGUCGUUGUAUGUUAAUUAAUAAAAUGAAGUAAAGUUA